CUGCAAAAAAAUAACGCGACGUACAUCAGGAUAAAAUCAGGUUUACAUAAUUUCAGGAUAUCUUUAAUGUUUGCAUGGAGACAUUUUAAAACUAGCUAACACAUGCGUUAUUUCUUUUAGUGCAAGGAUUAUAACAUCAUAGUUAGAUAAGAAGAAAAAUCUGGGGCGACAAACUUGUAUCUAAAAAAUAAUUGUAUGAGCACAGUUAAAAGCGGAAAAAACUGUUAAUUUUGGUAAAAUUAAUUAGCAUUUUCACUGGAGAUCGGAGGGAAAAUGGCUGAAGUUACCAGAGAGUUUUUGUCGAAACUGAACGAGAGUCUCGUGGGUUUGGAGGAAAGCCGUGCUACAAAUGCGGACAAUAUGGACCAGUUCUUUUUAAUAGUGAUGGGAUUUAUAAUUUAUCUGAUGCAGGCUGGUUUUGCGUUUUUAGAAGCAGGAGCAGUUAGGAGCAAGAAUACCGUAAAUAUCCUCAUAAAGAACGCCCUUGACUCUUUUUUCGGAGGCGUGUCGUACUGGCUGAUUGGAUACGCUUUGGCGUUUGGAAAGGGCAAUGCAUUCAUAGGCUACACCUACUUUGCACACAGUGGCCUACCAGAAACGAUGUACGCGCACUGGUUUUUCCAGUUUGUAUUUGCAGCCACUGCGGCAACCAUAGUGUCUGGUGCCGUCGCAGAAAGAUGCGACUUUACCGCUUACCUUGUAUAUAGUACACUAGUCACAGGUUUUAUUUACCCCGUGGUUACACAUUGGGCGUGGUCUGAAGAGGGCUGGCUUGUAAAUGGCGACACAUACGAAAUUGAUGGUGAAACUGUGUCUAUCGGAUACAACGAUUUUGCAGGAAGCGGGGUAGUGCAUAUGGUAGGCGGAAUAAUUGCCUUUGUCGGGGCUUGGGCACUCGGUCCACGUAUUGGUAGGUUCGAUAAAUAUACUGGAAAACCUGUCGAUAUCAGAGGGCACUCCAUUCCGUUCGCUUCACUUGGUGGUUUUAUACUCGUCUUUGGGUUCUUUGCAUUCAACGGAUCUUCCCAGGGUUCCAUAUCAGCGGAAGGAGAUGGCGCUGCAAUCGCUCUUGCUGUUGUCAACACAGUAUUGGCGGCAAGUGGUGGUGCCUUUACUACACUGAUUCUGAAUAAGAUAAAAUACUUUGGUGACAAGAAAUGGAGUUUUCUGACGACAUUAAAUGGUUGUCUUACAGGAAUGGUGGCUAUAUGUGCAGGGUGUAACCAAUUCCAGACAUACAUGGGUUUUAUAACUGGUAUAUUGGGCGGUAUUGCAUACAUGAUAUUUACAUGGCUGGUAGUUAAACUGAAGGUCGACGAUCCUCUGGACGCCACUGCCGUGCAUUUUGGAGGAGGGCUUGUUGGUGUUCUGACUGUGCCUUUGUUUUCCUCUGAUUAUGGGAUCAUUUACAACUGGGACAAGCGUUCUGCAUAUCAUUUAGCGUGGCAGCUAGCCGGACUUUGUGCUAUUUUUGCGUGGUCAGCACUUCUCAGCUUCCUAACCUUCUUUAUUCUGAUGAAAGCCCGCUUGCUCCGUGUCUCCUUCGACUAUGAGAUGAAAGGUCUAGAUAUCCCUAAACACGGAGAAACCGCUUACCCGGCCGAGGCAUACGGUCAUGGAUGGGGCGAAAGGGGCGACACGCUCUCUGGUCUGGCGAAAAAGGCCAUCGCAUCCAGUACAGUGACAGCAAUAUCAGAAGAUGUUUCGAUCAAAAUCGAGGAGAAACAACACAACGGAGAGAACCCGGAAGUAAAUGCCAUGAGAAACAAAAAUGGGCAUGCAAACCCGGCGUUUACUGGUUCAUCAACACAGUUAUGAAGAGAAAAUGUUGCUUGAAAAUAUUAUAUAAACGGUUUGAAAAUAGAUAUGUAUAUCUACAAUAUAGAGUGAAAGAAGAGAAGGGACUAAUAAACUUACAUGAAUAAAGAACUAAUAUUAAGACUCUGUCUUAUAGUAAAUAUGGAAUAAAAUAUUCAGGUGCGUAAACUUAUUAACAUAUCCCCAUAAUAUUUAGUACACCACGGCUAUUUUUGAAGAGCGGAAAUUUUUCUAUAAUGCUGGAAUAGUAUCCUAUUGUCUGAUACGUAUAUGCUGAAAUAGAAUUAUUUCAUUGUUUUGUUAGUACACUGUAUGUACAAAUACGAUGCUAAAUUUGUUAUAUACUGAUAACUAUUUGUAUAGAUGUAUCUUUUGAAUGAAUGUUCAUGGUUACAUGAAGCAUAAUCCUAGAAAUCAAUUGAAUAGACGAUCAUCUAGUAUUUCCCUAAUACUAUCUAGUUUUCAUUAAUAAUCAACUUAAAGGAUACCUGUAAAGCCUUUGGAAAGCUGCAAUAUUAAACAAAUAAACUUUAGUUUUAUAUUUCGAUGCUAAAUCAUCUAAAUUAUCUUCAGAAACAAUGCAUAAAUUUAUGAUCCAUGCUAUGAUAGGCUGCCGUUUGACUAAUAUAUCGCUGCAUUAAACAUACAUAUAUUACCUCCAUUGAUAUUAUUUGAAAUGUUUUUCUUUACUGGGAUACUUUGCUAUUCAUUUUGUAUGAGCCUAAGUAUUGAAAUAAAAGUUGAAAGUUGAAAAUCCCAAAUGAGACAUAGGUACUAUCAGAUAUUGAUUAUUUCAACAAAAGUGGUACAGUACGAUGGUAUUUAUCAUCUUUUUUGUAAUAAUAUAUUGUAUAAUAUGUAUUUCGAAAUAUUACGGGCAUAUAUUAAAAAGUUAACGCAGCGUUAUAUCAUACUUGUAUAUAGAUAUUUUUGUUGCUGUUUUAAUUAUAUACAUAUUUUUAAACAGAUUUUUAAUAAAACUUAUAAACUUG